GAGCGUAUUCUGGUUUAGGAUGUAUCGCCUUUGGGCGUUGUUGGGUGACCGCUAAUUUCUCGCCCGUGGAAAACCAUGUCCGGGGGCCGUGCCUUCAUGUCUUCUGUGUGUCUUGUCGCAUCAUUCCGUGUGUCUUGCAGAUGUUUCGGCAGGACACAGUUUACUUGGUUCGACUUAAGUGAAUGAAACAAUUGGACAUGUGAAAGGUUUUAGUAGUCUCGAUCUUAUUUAGUCGUACUCUGGAUGCUGUGCAAUACUGCGUGAUGGAAACCCAGCAUGGAGAAAGUCAAUUGGAUCUUGCUUCCCGUGAGAGAGGCAGUGUUAACGAACUUUGUCACUUGAGUUGAUUAUAUAUAUUGUCCUGGGAUUCCGAAUGCGAUAUUCGUCAAAUUAGAUAUCAGUAUUCUGAGAUUCAUGAUUUGGACGACGCUUACAUCUUAGAACAUGUGGCUUUCUGUUUGUUACUUCUAAAAUUUUUGAUGGACCCUUCAAAUUAAAGCAAAUGGAUUGUCCGUGUCUUCUUAAUUUUCUUCUUGGGGUUUGAAGAAUAGCCACUUGUAAUCUUCUGGUUGUUGUUUAGUGGAAUUUUGUUGGGGAUAGUUCCCAAUGGCGAUGCAAAUAUUUGAGCACGUCUGGUUGGGUGGAAAGAAUGUGCAUACAAAUCACGAUUAGGAGCAACACUUAUUUUUGGUUGGAAUUAGCGAUUGAGCCGUGAGCAAUCAGAUGUCUGUCUUGUUUGUUAUUGUGGAGUUGAAGCUUCAUUUUGUUUGUGAACUGAGAAUGGGCAAUUCGGACGUUACGAUUCCGAGGGUUCUCUACACAUCGACGGGCAACUAAAAAUUGAACCUUUCAUGCUCUCAUAUACCAUUAUCCGCUAACCACGACGUAGAGGUUUAAUUUGGCAGAUGAUGUUUGCGCCGCUGAUUCUUAUGGACAAGUAGUGGUGAGACUGGAUCUUGAGGACCUUCGUUGGCACAUUUCCUAUAUGGCAGGCCGUGGAGAGCGUGCUACCGGUGUUGGACUUAUGGCUCGUGCCACUCGAUUUAUCUCAAGGUUGAAUUACCAAGUGACUGGCAAUAACGACAGAGAGGGUACCAGAAGGGACGCUCUUUCAUCUCGCCCUGGAAUAGUUAGCAGUGAUAGUGAUGAAGCAUGUACGGGAGAAGUCGAUGAUGAAGGUGAGUAUCAGGAUGAGGAGUCGGAGCUGUAUGCUGCAGAAGUAAGUUACAAUGAGAGGCCCAGAGAAACCAGGGUGGUGUCUGGUGGAAGCGAUGGUUGUGAAACUCCUCCAUUGAACCAUGUUUUAGCUCAGUCUACAUUAAUGCAACAUUGUUCUAGUGAAAGAUCCGCAAGGUUGGGGAGGGUUAAGCGUGGGGCCAUGGUAAAUGCAGCGACUAUGCUGUUCGGCAGGGAAUUCAAUGUCUCUGGUAAUGGGAGAUUUUCAAGGGCCGAGUGUUGUCACAUGGCUGCACGAUACCUUCCGACCGAUGGUCCGACCGUCGUCGAUCAUUUGAACAGUCGAGCUUAUAUUGGACAAUUUUCAGCAAAUGGGACAUCAUUUGUGGCAGGCUUCCAGGACCGACGAAUAAUAAUCUACAACGUCGAGAACGAUUGGGCAAUUCAGAAGGACAUUCAAGCUCGCAAUCUUCGCUGGACUAUUACAGAUACGGCUUUGUCACCAGAUCAGCGAUUCCUCGUCUAUGCAACUAUAACACCAGUGGUGCACUUGGUUAAUGUCGGUAGCGAGAGUGGUGGUGUUUCAUCUCUCGCAAAUGUCACGGAUAUUCACGAAGGCCUGAAUUUUGCGUCAGAUGCUCAAGGGGAUGUAUUUGGACUGUGGUCACUUCAGUUUUCUGAGGAUGGUCGUGAGCUUGUGGCUGGCAGCAACGACAAGUGCAUUUAUGUCUAUGAUUUGGAGGCCAACAAACCAGUUUUACGGAUCAAUGCUCAUAAGGAUGAUGUUAACGCUGUGGUCUUUGCCGACGAGCCAUGUCAUCUGAUCUACUCUGGAAGUGACGACAAUAUCUGCAAGGUAUGGGAUCGCCGUUGCUUUGCUCAAAGGGGGAGACCCGCUGGACAGCUCGUCGGGCAUUUAGAGGGGAUCACAUUCAUAGACAGCAGAAAAGAUGGUCGCUGUUUUAUCUCCAACGGCAAGGAUCAGACCAUCAAGCUAUGGGAUAUUAGAAAGAUGACAUCGGGCCCUGCAUCUUGCAAGAAAGGUAGAAAGAUCCCUUCUUUUGCAUGGGAUUACCGAUGGAUGGAUUACCCUGGCAUGGGUCGUGAUGUGCGCCAUCCAUAUGAUCAGUCCCUGAUGACUUACAAGGGGCAUUUGGUGCUGCGCACUCUUAUUCGCUGCUACUUCUCUCCUUUGGCCAGCACUGGGCAAAAGUAUAUCUACACAGGUUCACACGAUGGCUGUGUUUACAUUUAUGAACUGGCAACUGGAAAGCAAGUGUCAAGAUUGAGUUAUCACCGAGGCACAGUACGUGACUGCAGCUGGCAUCCCACAGAACCGAUGCUAGUGAGCAGCUCUUGGGAUGGCAAUCUUGCUAAGUGGGAGCAUCUUCACGGGGAAAAACCCAGAGUUGAAGUGCCUCAAAUCAGCUACGAUGACUUGUUUGACGACUAGAUUUGGGUUGUAUUUUGGCAUCCUAUCAGAGACCAUUUUUUAUUUAUUUAUUCUUUUCUUUUCUUUUCUUUUCCAAUUACUGCGCCCUUCUAGAUCACGUUAAGAUUAUGUCACCUAAGAUUAAGUGCUUGAUCUUGUGAGGGGCGCGAACCAGUGUAGCUAAGGUCAAUUACUGCGAGAGCCAGUGCGCACCCUUUUGUAUGACGCUCGAGUGAGCUUCUCGACAACAAUGGUCUUGACUUGGGUUGCUGACGGCUUCUGUGAGCAUGUUUAAUGCUACCGAUGUAUAGUUGUAUGUGUACUAGGAAGAACCGUAGAGUGUCUGGAGUUAAAAUCCAGUUUUUGAGGCUGCCAGCAAGGGCGUUGUUCCUCUAUAUUACUGAAACCAUCAUUCUUAAAUAGAAUUGACUUGCCGCUGUUGUUUGCGGAACGUCAAGUUUUGGAUCA